GUGCUUUUGGGAAGGCUGCGGGUCCACCGUCGGGCGCCUCCGGUUCCAGGGCGCCGGAGGCCGGGCUCGGUGAUUUAUAGUCCUCAAGAGUCUUUAUGUUCUCUCAGGAAAUCUGGAGUCAUGGAAAUCAGUCAUGGAAAUCUGGAAAUGUUUAUAAGAAGAUGCACUUUGCUUUGAAAUGUGCUUUUGUGUAUUAGUUAUAUAAAAUGAUGAGUUUUCAAAAAGAAGACAAGUGCAACAGAAAAGCUUUGGUAAAACAGAUUCUUAGGUAUUUGGGGUAACAAAAGAAAGCCAUGUCUCGAAUUGAGUCAUUCUUAAUUAUAAUAGACUUAUAGUGGAAUAGGUCUUAAACACAGGUGGACUUUAUAAAAUGCAGUCUUAAGUUUAUGUACAAAAUACUGUUUGUUGACCAGAUAUAUUAAAAUGAUAGACACAAAAAGAAUCAAGGUGGUGAUAUAUAAGAUUUAACAAUGAGAGAGUAACAGUUUAUGCUUUAAGCACAGUUCCUUUACAAUGAAUACUGUAAUCUUAAUAGAGCUGUGUUGACUUCCUCAGAAGUUAAUUGCAGUUGUUAUAACCCACUUUAAAGAAUACUGUAUGACAUUUUCUCUAAGGAAAUACCAGAUGCAGACUUCAGUUCCUUUCAUUUGAUAGGAAAAGGAGUAGUUCAGAUGUAAUGUUUAAGUCCUUAUAAGGGAAAAGAGUCUGAAUAUAUGCCCUAGUAUCUAGGCUUCAUAACUAGUAAUAAGAAGUUAGUUAUGGGUAAACAGCCCUCAGGUUAUCCAGAAGAGUUCAUGUGACCCCAAAGAGUCCUAAAUAGUGUCUUGGCAUGCGAGACAGAUCUGUCCUGUGUGAGUGUCAAUUCACCAGUCCAAUCUGAAUAGACCAAUGACUCUCUCCAGUUGGUGUCUGCUGUUUUAUUCCUGUCUGUGGUGGAGAUCUAGUGUAAAGUGGUGAGAAGCUUCAUAUGGAAGUUUGAGCUGUCAGAGAUACUAUUACUACUCGUGGACAGAACUGUCCCCCAGAGGCUUGUCCAAGGUGCCUUCCACCCAAACCCUAAACGUAUAAUGGAGAGUAGCUCAAUCUUGUCAAAUUGGACAAAAGAGAGCAAAGAAAAAAUGAAGUUUGACUUUUCGUGUGAACUCUACAGAAUGUCCACAUAUUCAGCUUUUCCCAGGGGAGUUCCUGUCUCGGAGNGGAGUCUGGCUCGUGCUGGCUUUUAUUAUACAGGUGUGAAUGACAAAGUCAAGUGCUUCUGCUGCGGCCUGAUGUUGGAUAACUGGAAACAAGGGGACAGUCCUGUUGAAAAGCACAGACAGUUCUAUCCCAGCUGCAGCUUUGUACAGACCCUGCUUUCAGCCAGUCUGCACUCUCNGUCUAUGUCUCCUGUGAAAAGUCGAUUUGCACAUUCGUCACCUCUGGAACAAGGUGGCAUUCACUCCAACCUGUGCUCUAACCCUCUUAAUUCUAGAGCAGUGGAAGACUUCUCAUCGAGGAUGAAUCCCUGCAGCUAUGCCAUGAGUACAGAGGAGGCCAGAUUUCAUACUUACAGUAUGUGGCCUUUAAGUUUCCUGUCACCAGCAGAGCUGGCCAGAGCUGGCUUCUAUUACAUAGGGCCUGGAGACAGGGUGGCCUGUUUUGCCUGUGGUGGAAAACUGAGCAACUGGGAACCGAAGGAUGAUGCUAUGUCAGAGCAUCGCAGACAUUUUCCCCACUGUCCAUUUCUGGAAAAUACUUCAGAAACACAGAGGUUUAGUAUAUCAAAUCUAAGUAUGCAGACACACUCUGCUCGAAUGAGGACAUUUCUAUACUGGCCACUUAGUGUUCCUGUUCAGCCCGAGCAGCUUGCAAGUGCUGGAUUCUAUUAUGUGGAUCGCAAUGAUGAUGUCAAAUGCUUUUGUUGUGAUGGUGGCUUGAGAUGUUGGGAACCCGGAGAUGACCCCUGGAUAGAACACGCCAAAUGGUUUCCAAGGUGUGAGUUCUUGAUACGGAUGAAGGGUCAGGAGUUUGUUGAUGAGAUUCAAGCUAGGUACCCUCAUCUUCUUGAGCAGCUGUUGUCCACUUCAGACACCCCAGAAGAAGAAAAUGCUGACCCUACAGGUAAGUAGGAAUAGUUCAAAUACAACUAUGAAUUUUUGUAAGAAUGUUAAGAGUAAAAAGUAUAUUAGAGAAAAGGGUGGUAGUACUUUUGAAGUCAU